CCGGCGGAGGAGGCGGCGGAGCGGAGCGGGCCGGGAGCCCGGCGGCUCCGAGCCGAACCGGGAGGCGAAACUACGGCCCCGCUGAGUCCUGGGUCUGAGAGAGCAGCAUGGCCGCCAGCCUAUGGAUGGGGGACACUGUUGAGCCUGGUUCAUGCAUGCCUGCUGGUUUUGAGUGGCAUCGACCCUCUUAAAUGAGUCUUCUUUUUGAAGCGUAAGGCUGGAGCCGUACAUGGAUGAAAACUUUGUUUCAAGAGCCUUUGCCACCAUGGGAGAGCUCGUCCUGAGUGUAAAAAUCAUUCGGAACAGGUUGACGGGAAUUCCUGCAGGAUAUUGCUUUGUAGAAUUUGCAGAUCUGGCGACUGCAGAGAAAUGCUUACACAAAAUCAAUGGAAAACCUCUUCCUGGUGCUACGCCGGCAAAGCGAUUUAAAUUGAAUUAUGCAACGUAUGGAAAACAGCCCGAUACCAGUCCAGAAUAUUCCCUUUUUGUGGGAGACCUGACGGCUGACGUGGAUGAUGGGAUGUUGUAUGAGUUUUUUGUUAAAGUUUAUCCAUCGUGUAGAGGUGGAAAAGUUGUGUUGGACCAGGCAGGAGUAUCCAAAGGUUACGGGUUCGUGAAAUUCACAGAUGAACUGGAGCAGAAAAGAGCACUGACAGAGUGCCAGGGAGCCGUGGGGCUGGGCUCCAAACCGGUGCGAUUGAGUGUGGCUAUACCAAAAGUUCACCGCAUGAAACCCACGGAGUACAACCAGAUGUACAACUAUAAUUAUCACCAGUAUUACCAACAGUACAACAGCUACUACGCACAAUGGGGCUACGACCAGAACACGGGCAGCUACAGCUACAGCUACCCCCAGUAUGGCUACACACAGAGCACAAUGCAGACAUAUGAAGAAGUUGGUGAGGAUGCACUGGAAGAUCCAGCGCCUCAGUUGGACGUUCAUGAAGCAAAUAAACAGUUUAUGGAGCAGAGUGAGGAGCUCUACGAUGCCUUGAUGGACUGUCAUUGGCAGCCUUUGGACACUGUCUCGUCAGAGAUCCCAGCCAUGUUAUAGCCUCGUUGCUGAGGCACUGUGUGAUGAAUCCUCCAGUGUGCUCUGUUACACUGCAAAUGGAUCCUGCAGGAGUGAGGGGUGGCCCCUUUCCCACUCAGGUCUGUUACUGGAAGUACAGGAGUGUGGUGUUCCCUGUACGACACGAGUGCUGUGGGAGCAUGGUGAUAACUUCUAUUUGUGGUGGAAGUUAGAACUGCAGCGGUUUUAUUCCUUUUGUCUUGAAGUGAACUCUUAGUACGACUUGUAAUUUAUAAACUUGCAACAGGAUGGCAAAGGGGAAAGACUGCUCCAACGUACAAUAAAGAAGUUGGUCUUUUAAGUCAAAUUGGGUUCUUUUAAGUCAAAUUGGGUUCAGUUUGGUUCGUGCCCCCCUUUCUGUUUUGCUGCCCGUUUAACUGGCUUUAGUCAUUUGAUCCAACUCUUGUCCGUGGGUUGGUUUGGUUUUUAAGAGUCACUGUCAGGUACCACUGAAAUGUCCCAGGAGCUUCUUAGUGACUGGGUGAAGUUGCUGUAAGUUGAGAACGGGAAGGAAUCAUGCGGAUGAAAGCCAAUGAUCUGCUUAAUCUAAGCUGUGAUCUUGAACUAGCAAGUUUACAGCCUGGUGUUCCUAACAUUUUGGAGAGCAAAGGCAGGAAAGAGUGUUAGAAAACUACUACGGACUGAUGCCUUCUGCUUGAUGGCCUCCAGCGUGGUUGGCUUUGCCUCUCCAUCUGCGUGUGAGGAAAGAAUUCCCCACCAGCCAAACAGUUUAAAACACUUCUACCAGCAACCUUGUUUAAAUGUCACUGUAUGUACGAUGCCUUUUUCAUUGUGGACAGGCCUCGAUGGGCCCUUUAUCGUGUCAGGGUUUCACAGUGUCUUCCACUGUCAGAGUUAAUAUGGUGAAGCUGAAGAUCUUGCAGCAAAAAACGGGUCAGAGCAAUCCAAUCAAUCUAUUGUGCAGCAAAUUGGUGCUGACUUGGAAAGCGGUUUUCUACUGAAUGUUGUAUAAGCUGGAUGGACAAGCAAUAUAUUUAAGCGAAUAUGAUAGCACUUAUGUACAUGUUAUAAGCCCUUUUCAGGCUUGUGUGCCUUAAACUCUUUGAGAAAUAGGAAGAGAGAAACUACCUGUAAUAAAUGUCUGUCCAAGAAAUAGUUUGGUAACUGAGAUUGCUCGUGCACAGCAUUAAGUUGCCUCCCUCCCCCAUAUUGAUACAGAGAUUUGCCACAAAAUGUGAAUACUUUCAUAAAGCCUACUUCUGCUACA